AUGACGGAAUACAAAGCUUCUGAUUUAGUGGAAAUGGCGCGUAGUCGAAUGGGUGAGCUUAAAAUAUCUCCAAGUGUUCCAUAUUCCCAUUCAGAUGUUUAUUUAAUUUACUCGUGCAUUCCAGAUGAACUCAAUUCCCGAACUCUACUUCUUGGUCACUUGCCAAGAAACACAACUUUAAAAAAACUGAUUACCGUCUUCAAAGACUCUAUUAACGCCCGGUUUCCCAGGAAAAAGUUCAAGGGCAACCGCAAGUUCGUGAAUUUUGCGUGUCAAAUCAAUAUUUUUGCUCACUUUGUUAAAACGGUGCUAGAGGACCUCCAAUCCUUGUUCCCUAAUGCUAAGGAUAUUUUUCUACCACAUGCGGGACCAGAAAAGACUCUUGGUUCAGCUCGAAUAGACUUUGUUGAUGAGGACGACGCCAUAGCUGCUUUCACUUCGAAACACGGAUCUAUGGUCCACAACUCCCCCAUCAUUGUUAAUUUCUGCGUUCGGCGAAAGUCAGGCAAACGGAAACGAGCCGAGCAUGAACAAAAACUGUCAAGCGACGACACGCAGGUUCAAAAGAUUGAGAUACCAGCUAAUUCAACGGCGGAAUCUGUUCAAGUUGGUGUAAUUUCUAAACAAAUUAGGAAGGCCAGAAAGCGACGACUAUCCGCCAACAGUGGUGCUAAGGUUUCAACACCAUCAAAGUCACCCAAAACCCCAACUCGCGGUACUGGUGUCAAGAGACGGCGUUCAUGUCUUAACAAAAGCACAAAACCUCAGUCUAUCAAACUGAAAUAA